GUGAUGUCGUUGCCGUCGUCGCAUCCGUCGUCGUUGUCGUUGUUGUUGUCGCCGCACUCCAUCUAGUUGUUGUUGGUGCAGCAGGCAGUACAGCAACAGCAACAAACUCACACACCAGCAGAAAGCAGCAACAUCAGGCUUUGAGCGCCAGCAAACAACAAUUGAACAAGCGAAAAUUGCAGCAACAAACAAACGAAAUGAGCUCGCUAAACGGAAAAUUCAUUUGCGCAUAUGGAAUGCUGCACACAUAGAUAUAUACAUAUAUAGCCCCGCAUACAAGCAUAUAUAUAUAGAUAUAUACGUAUAUGUUAUACACACACAAAUCUACAUAAAAUCUAAGUGCAAACCAAUUGUGAUUUAAGCUAAUGACCACAACCGCAAAACAGCUCCAACAACCAACAAGAAAGUGUAUAAAAAAUUUUUCAAGUUUUUUAAGUAUAUGAAAUUCAACCAAAGCCUUGUAAAUAGCCAACAAAAUAACUAAAGAACAAGAACUCUUUUCUUAUUAAAAACAAAACAACAACAGCAAAUAAAAUAAAACCAAAUUAAUUAACUCAACUAAGGAAAGCCAUAAACAACAAACAACGAACGAAUAGACAACGCCGUUUACACCGCAACCUGAUAGAGAAAUGCAUUGCUAAACAACUGGGGGCGACUAACUCCCUUUCAACCGAGUGGCCUGCAAUUCGAAACGAUCUCAACGCAAAAAUGGCACUGCAACGCACUGGGCAGCAACAGCAACAAAGGACGAAACUAACUCGACACGGGCUGCAGCAACAACAACAGCAAUUAGAAACAACAACAAAGGCCCGGCAACGAUAUAGAGCGGUGGGAAAAUGAAACAAAAACCAGAAACGAGUUUUCCACUCAAAUUUGCAUUCAGCCAAAGAAAUACAAAGGUCUAAGCAAGGAGGAAGGAAGCGACACAAACCAACAAACCAACAAACAAACGCAGCACAAUAAGAAAGUCGCCAGUGAAAAGGGGUCAGAGGGCAUACACACGCACACAGACACACACAAAAAUACAACACAGGAGCAGACCGCAACACAAAUACAAGCAUAAGGAGCGCAUAAAACACAAAACACAUUCAACACACGGACACAGAAGGACGAAAAGUGCAUUGUGAACAAUUUUCAACGAAUUUCCAAAAGUCUACAAAGAAAAAUAACUAACAAGCGUUCAUUACGAAUAACAAAGGAAACCAUAAUAUUUGAAAUUUGCUCUGUGAUUUUCUAUCGGAAAUGGUUUAGUAAUCCAAAUAAUAAUAAUACUAAUAAUAAUACUAUUUAAUAACAACGUAUUUAUAAAUACUGCAAAACUGCAUUCCAAACCAUAGAAAAGUUUAUCAAAUCCCCCAAGAAAAGCUUUAAACUCAAUCGAAGACGUAAAUCAACAAUUUCUAUAAAUAUUAUCAAGCAAAGUUUAUUACACUGCGACUAAUUAGACCAGCUAACGCUACUCGAAAACAUAAUUCGACCACAACCACAAUUCCACCAAAGGACAUCGCCACACCGGAGCCAUGGACGAAAUGCCCGACCUGUCGCACCUCACGCCCCACGAGCGGAUGCAGAUCGAGAAUGUCCUUAUGCGACAGAAGCAGGAGGAGGAGAAGCAGAACGAGAUCAUGCGGCGCAAACAGGACGAGGUGGUGACGCUGGAAAUGCAAAUCAGACAGCGAUCCGAGCAGCAGAAGAAGGCCGGCGUCGAGCUGGAUGCCACCUGUCACAUAUGCCUUAAGACCAAGUUCGCCGAUGGAGUGGGCCACAUCUGCCACUACUGCAACAUACGCUGCUGCGCCCGGUGCGGCGGCAAGGUGACGCUGCGCAGCAACAAGGUCAUUUGGGUGUGCAUACUGUGUCGCAAGAAGCAGGAACUGCUCUCCAAGACUGGCCAGUGGAUCAACAAGACGGCGGCACAACAAGAUGGUUUCAUCCGACGCAUCGAGCCGGAUGGGAGCAGCGACAUCUCGCAGCAUCCCAUCGUGGAUCCGCACGACACCACGGACAAGCGGCCCAAGCUGGAGAGGACGCGGAGUGCCGCCGAGAAGGAGAACCUACCGAUGCAGCGGGCGGGCAGCAUGCUGAGGCGUCAGUACUCGCAGCAGGAGCAGCCCACGAAUCGUCGCCUCUCCGCGUCCGACAGCGGAAUGGAUCCCGUGAUGAGUCCUGGACAGCAGAUGCAGCACCAUCAGCAGCAGCAGCGUGCUCGGAUGCAGCCGAUGAAUCCGCAGCAGGGGCAGCAGGGAUACGGCAUGCAGCAGCAGCAACAGCCCAGAUCAGGUGGCGCCUAUCCCGAUGAUGACCCCAGAUACUAUCAGGGUGAACUCGAUGGCCUGAUGAGGCAGCAUCCCCACUUGGCGCAUCCCAGUCAAGUACAGCCGCAGCAUCCGCCGCAGUCGCACUCGCAACAGCAGCAAUCUCAGCACCAGCAACAUCUUAUGCCGCAGCAACAUCGCCUAUCGCCGCAGCAACAUUCCCAGCAGCAGCAGCAACACUCGCAGCAAUUCGCGGCCAGGCAGCAGCAGCAACAGCAUCAGCAGCAGGUGCAGCAAUCGUACCACGCGCAGAUCCACCAGCAGCCGCAGCAACAUCCGCAUCCCCACUCGCAACAGCAGCAGCAGCAACAUCAGCAGAUGCAGCAGCAGCAUGGCCAGCCAGUGCCCCAGAUGGGCGGCUACCAGAAGCCGCCACCUCUGACCCGCAACCUGACCAUCAGCGGUGGUCAUGCGAUGGACUCCAGUGCCUACAGCCAGCAACAGCAGCAGCAGCAGAGGCGCGCUCUCGCAGGAUCGCAGUACGCCUCGCAGCAACAGAGGUCCUUCAGCAGCUCCGAGGAGGAGUUCCAGCACCAGCUGUUGGCCGCCCAGGGCGCGGUGACGGUGACCGCGGGAUCGGACUAUGACGGCGGGCGCCUCCAGGUGCGCACCUCAUUGGAUCCGUGGCGCCAGCAGCGCAGCCUCAACGAACGGGAUCUGCUCAGCAGCGGCGGUGGUGGUGGUGGCGUCGGUGGUGCUGACUUCCGCCACCUGUCGCACGCCACCCAGCGGCUGUACGCCUCCGCCGAUCAGCGGGAUCGCUACGAGCUGCAGCUGCAGCACCGCGAGCGCCUGGAGCAGUAUCCUCUCACGCGCACCGCUCGCCUGGACGUCCAGCAGCGCAACUCGCUGAACCGCAGCAACCACGAGCGGCAGUUCUCCGGCGGCGGAGCAGGCGUAGGGCCAGGAGGAGCGGGUGGUGGUGGUGCUGCUGGCGCCUACCGACGUGCCCCGCCCUUGGCAGCCGCCGGCGGCGGUGGCAGCAGCAGCAGCAGCACCACUAGCAGCAGCUACUAUCCCCAAUCGAAGCCGCAGAUUGUGAUUGGUCCGGGAUCGGGCUACGAUCGGGGAUCGGGAUCCAUGGCUUCCAUGGCAUCGGCAGCGGCGGCAACAGCGGCGGAUGCCCAGGGUCAGGCGGCGCGGAAUAGCCAGCGUGGUGGUCUGCUGGGCGCCACGAGAGGCGGCGGUGGCAGCAGUUCCGUCAGUUCCACGGAGGCUGCCUACUGGGACGAACCGGCCACCAGUUCCUCCUCAUCGGCGGCCCAAGAUUCGCGGCGUUUCACCGAGCGUAGAAUAAAGAAGACGGUCCGUUUCGAUGCCCACGACGAAGAGGCCUCCAUAUUGGCCAGCAGUUCACUGCCCCCAGUCACGGCCAUCCUGCCCUCCACGGCUGUGGAUGUGGGUGCAGCCACCAUAUUGAGCAGUGGAAAGAGCCUGGAUGCCGGCGGAGUAGGUGGAGCUGACUGGUCGCGAUGGGAGGCCGAGCGACAGGGUAGCCAGGACUCGGCCACCAAGGACUCGGGCAUCGAUACCAGCAGCACGUUCACCAGCAGCGAGGACUCGAAUCGAGGAGAUGGGCCCAAGAAUCCGGUGAAUUGGCAAACAUCCGCGGACAAUACUCGCCUGAUCGGGCACAUGAUAUUGCGUAAAUACUAUGAUGGGGAGGAUAUAUUAGGCUUAAAGGUCAACGGCGGUCAGCCCCUCGCAACGGGUGGAUCGGGAUCGGGAGCGGGAACGGGAGCAGCGGUAGGAGCAGGAGGUCCAUGCGGGGCCAUUGUGGAGAAGGUGAAGCGCGGAUCGGUGGCCGAUCUCGAGGGAAGGAUUCGACCAGGCGACGAGAUCCUCGAGUGGAAUGGCCGCGGCCUGCACAACAAGAGUGCCGACGAGGUCUACGACAUCAUCGACGAGAGUCGCCUGGACGCCCAGGUGGAACUGAUCGUCAGCCGGCCGAUCGGCAGCGGCUGCGGCAGUGGCGGCAGCAGCACCAACGUCAGUCCCAUCAGCGGAGCCUCCGGCGGAUCCGCCAACAGUGUGCCCGCUCGCCGCUCCUCGGCCAACUUCCCGCACAGCGGGUUGGCGAGCAGCAUGGCCGGCAGUGCGGUGGUCAGCAGCGGGGGAAGAUAUCUGCAGCGCAAAGCUCCCGCGGUCGAGGCCAUUGAAAUCCAUCGGGACAAGCCAAGCGUGCUAAUCACCUCGCCCGGCUCGCCGGACAUCCACACCAGUGUAUCCGGACCGGGAUCGGUAUCAGGAUCAGGACUCCGGCAACGUGGCGGCGUCGGGCAGACGCAGCGCCUGGGACCCAGCCACAGUACCCACAGCCACAGCAGCAGCGGGAGUGGCAGCGGCAGCGGCAGCAGCACCAGCAGCGUCCACGCCCCCGCCUCCGCCCACGGCCCCGUCCACGCGUCGGCGUCCGCUUCCGGUUCCGCCCCUGGCGGCCUGCACGGCACAACGACGGCGGGCCACCAUCACCACCCGCACCCGCACCACUACCACCCGCACCAGCAUCCGCUUCCGCAUCCGCACCAGCACCAGGGUCCGCCCGCCGCCCACCUGCAAGGCCACGGGGUGGGCGGUGGCAUCGGCAUGGGCAGCGGCUCCGGCACCACCACACAGCCCAUCCCCAUCGAGGGGCGGCUGCAGCUGAAGCUCGGCUACGACCAGAACACCCUGCAGCUGAUCGUGACCCUGGUCUGCGCCACCGGACUCUCCCUGCGCCAGAGCGGAGCGGGCCGCAAUCCAUAUGCAAAAGUGUUCCUUCUGCCCGAUCGAAGCCACAAAUCCAAGCGGCGAACGAAGACGGUGGGCACCACCUGCGAGCCCCGAUGGGGCCAGACCUUUGUCUACUCGGGUCUGAGACGCUGCGACCUCAACGGCCGACUGCUCGAGGUGACGCUGUGGGACUAUGUGCGGUACGGGGCCAACGACUUCAUCGGCGAGGUGGUCAUCGAUCUGGCGCACCACAUCCUGGACGACGAGGCCGAGUGGUAUCAGCUGCAGCCCCACCAGGACACCUCCUAUCUCUUACGUGACGAGGGCAGCGAUGUGGACGGCCUGAUACUGACACCGACAGAUCAUUUAUCACCGCCGAGCACCAUGUCGCGCCUUAGUGAUUCGGACACCACGUCCGACUGCGACAUCGAUGGAAUGACUCCGGGGGCCAGCAUCUCGUCCAUGGGCAGCUCAGCGAGUCCGCCGCCCCUGCUAGAGCUCGAUCUAAACGAGCGUCGGUCCCGACGUGACAUGUCGCCCCAGGGCCGCAAACGGGUGGCCGGGAUGGUGGCCCGCGACUACCGCACUGUAUCUGGCAUUGGACAAAGUUACCACAAUCAGGCCUCUGCCACCGGCUACUAUCGUCGCGGAGGUGGUAAUGGUGUCGGCUCCGCCAUCGGUCCCGGUGGCAUGAGCCUCAGCCAGCGGAGUCACUCGGCGGCACCCAGCGACGGUUACCACAGCAGCGGAGUAGGAGGAGCGCCCUCCGGCGGACCCGCCUACGGCUAUCGGAGCACCAGUCCCCGACGGGGCUCCUUAUCGCCACCCGACGAACGCUACAUAGACUAUCCAGUGCUUCCAGUACACGGCUCCUCGCCCAACGCCCCAUCGGCCUACCAGGGACCGGGUGGUGCGUCCUCAGCGGCGGCGUCUGCUUCGCAGCAGCAGCGAUUCCAGUCGCGAUCGGCCACAGCCACGCCCACGGGAUCUCCAAAGAAGAGGCAGCUACCACAGGUGCCGCAGACCUCCCGCAGUGCGAUGCUGCGAGAUCGACUGGGUCAGGAUUUCGACGAGCGGUUGGCCUCGGGUGGUCGCUUCGGGCGGCACCGCACACGGCAGCCGCAUCACCAGGCCACCUACCGCAGCACCGGAAUGGGCGGAUGGGAGCGCCAUUACACGGGACUGUCCGACAGCGACCUGCACUCUAUGGACGCGCGGAUGCGACCAAGGCACUCGCUGUCGCCGGACAAGGACUUUAUGGGCGAGUUCGGCGACUCGGACAUGGAGUCGGUGGUCAGCGUGACCUCCAGCGCCUUCUCCACGCAGUCGGAGCGACCGCGCACGUCGCGCGGACUCAGCUUCCCCCGCAACUGGCGCAAUCUCUUUGGCGUCCGCAACAGCUUCCUCGGGGGAGCAGGAGGCGAACCCAUUACCGGACUGCGGCUGCACCACUCGGAGCCCGGAAGGGCCAACACCAUCGAAGUGGAUGACUGCGACUAUCUGCCGGUGGGCGGUGCCCAGCAGUUGGUAUUGCUGGAGCAGCUGGAGCAACUGCAGCAGCUGGCCGCUCUGGCUGCAGCAGAUUCCCCACCCAUUUCGGCGGGAAUUGGAAUACAGCCACCUCAUCAGGUCUUGGUUACCGAUGCCAAUAGCGGCCAGUUGGUGGAACAAUUCUACGUUGAGCCCGGCACAAUGGCCGAGGAGAUGAUGGAGCCAAUCGAUCCCCAUUUACAUCCACAUUCCGUCUUCUACUCGCCAUCGCCCCAUUUGCCACCACAGCCAUUCGACAUCGAUAUCGAUAACAUUUAUCCACCACGACGGUCCAACGGACUGAAACCGAACGUACAAGCCACCGCCGCUGCCUAUCCGCUGCCGCUGCUGCCGAGCUUUGAGCAAUUCAAGCGCAUUACCACGCCCAUCACGAAUUUCUUCCGCAGCUCCUCGCCCGCGGGCGUCCACCCCCACGCCCACGACCACGCCUCUACGACGCCUAGUUCGCUGGUGGGCUAUGUACGCGACCACCAGGACAAGAGCUGCAGCCACUGCCAGAAUGGAAGUCAGCCGGUGGUGCUGUCGACGCACCACACCCUUCACUUGACCGCCGCCGGUCUGGCAAUCGGGGCUUGCCAGGAUCCCUGCUGUUUGGCGGAUGCCCAUCCGCACCCACAGCAUCAGCCGAUGGGCUACGGGGAGCCACCCACUUCGGAUCCUGCGAUGUGCGGCGAGUGUGUGGAUCAGCACUUCCUGGGUGGAUUAACGGGACCGCAACUGAAUCUUGGUGUGGUUCCCACUUACCAUGUUCACACGCCCACUCCAAAUGCACAUCGGCGUGCCAGGGGACAAAUGGCCACUCCUGCACCUCCGCCCACGCAAUCGGUGCUGCGUCUGUCUCGCCAAUUGAGCGAAGAUGCCCUCGUGGCAGCCGUUCCCAUUUCGGAAGCUAAGGCGCAACCAACUUCGAUCCUGAAGAAACCGAAGCUGGAGCGAAGGCGACUCUUUCACGAGGGACAAUCCCGGUCGCUAGACUACGAUGAUCUGCACACGAAGAGCUGGGGCCGCCGUCGAAUUCGGUACGAGGACGAGGUGAUGCCUUCGUCUGGAGACUAUCCUUAUCCCCAUUCGAAUCCGUAUGCCAGCUACUCACCCACGGCGGCAAUGUCGCGACGCUACGGAUCGGAGACCAAUAUUCGGCAGAGUUAUAUGGGUGCAAAUGUGGAUGCCAACCAUCCGCUGAGUCACUCGCAUUUCCUGGUAACGGAUGACAAGAUAGUGACCAUUACCUACGACUCGGAUGUGGGCUGGACGCGACGGGGCGUGGCUCCAUCCCUCUUUCGCGGAGCGCACCGACAACGUGGACUGGCGGAUCCCAGGAACCAUAUGUCGCUAGAUUUGCAGCGGACCAGUCAACAAAAGCUGUACGGACCGGCGGCACCGUAUUUGAAGCGCCGAAGGAAUUUGCCGCAUCCGCCCAGUGCGCAGAAUGCCCACAACUUUUCACCAAUGGAGCCGGGAUCGGGAAUGGAUGGGCUGAAUGCUGCGGCAGCGGGAAUGGUGGAACAGGGCAACGGAAUGGGUAGCGGUGGUGCACACAACACUACCAGUACACACAAUAGCAACCACCACACCAACCACCACAAUAGCCAAGCGAGUAGUGUUAGUGUUAGCCAAAGUCACAAUCAACAACUUCAACAACAACAACAAUUACAACAACAAUCAGUUAGGCAAAAAGGGAAAGAAGGCACCACCGCCAUUAGCGGAUCGAUGAUGGCAUCGGAGCAGCUGACGAAAUCUAGUAGUGGGAGCGGUGGUGCAACAUCUGCUGCCGCUGCUGGGCAUCUUGUCGUCGGUGGUACUAAUGCUAAUAAUGCUUCUUCUUCCUCUUUUGCAAAUCCCCAACCACCACCACCACAACAACAACAACAACUUCAUGGAUCACCCAACAAUCUCAACAACAAUAACAAACGUGCCCCAUCAUCAACACCACAACAAAACACGAACACCAUAAAUGACGCCAACAACCUGACGCUCGACGCCACACAACAACAAUCACAACAACAACAACAACUACUACAACCACCAAAUACAUGCACAAAUCAAAACACGAAUCCAACAACCACAUUAACAACAACAACCACAACAUCGUCGAAUGCAACGAAUGCGGCGACAACGACAACCGCAAAUGCAACAAAUGCUACAAAAACUGCCACAAAUCCAACAACAACAACAACGAAUAACACGAACGAACCAAACGCAACAACAACAACCACAACAACGAACGCUAAUGCUGACGCGGAUGCUAACGCGGACGCUGAUGCUCCGCUGGACGCCAUCGACUGGGAUGCCAUCGAUGCUAUGCUGGACGACGACUUUAGCGAGUACGACAAGGACAAGAACGGCGCCGAAGAGGCUGGUGGCUCCAAGUCAGCGGAGGGCGCAAGUGCCGAAGAUAAAGUCGAUGGCAGCCUCUCGGACACCGCGAACGAUCGCAAGAAGGGCGGCGGCGUCGACCAGGAGCGAUCCCCGAAAGGAGGCAGCGGCAUGGGCAAGAAGUCCAACUCCACGUCGCAGCUUUCGGCCACAGGUCGUAAAAGACGUAUGGGCUUUGGAAAGAAGGGUAAGAACUCGUUCACGGUGCACCGCAGCGAAGAAGUGCUGCCCGGCGAUAUAACGCGGGAACUGCGAACCGGUGGCGGAUUGGGCGUCAGUCUCGGCGGUGCCGGUGGUGCCGCCGGUGGGUCAGGUGGCGCCGGCGGGGGCGGCCUGUCCCGCGGCUCGUCCUCGGAGGCGGACGCCAUCGAGCAGUUCUUCGGCGAUGGUGCCGGCGGGGAAAGAUUCUCCCCUUCGUUGCGCAACGAUGGAGCCCUCAAUGAGUUCGUGGAUGGUUUGGGACCUGGUCAACUGGUUGGUCGCCAGGUGCUGGGAGCUCCUUCGCUGGGCGACAUCCAGCUAUCGCUGUGCCACCAAAAAGGCUGUCUGGAGGUGGAGGUCAUACGGGCCAGGGGCUUACAGCAAAAAGCCCAGUCAAAAAUGCUACCUGCUCCGUAUGUAAAGGUGUACCUAGUGUCGGGAAAGCGCUGUGUGGACAAGAUGAAGACUUCCUCGGCUCGACGCACCCUGGAUCCACUGUACCAGCAGCAGUUGGUAUUCAAGCAGUCCUACACCGGUUGCAUACUACAGAUUACCGUGUGGGGCGACUAUGGCCGCAUCGAGAAGAAGGUGUUUAUGGGCGUGGCGCAGAUAAUGCUCGACGAUCUGAAUCUGUCGAAUAUCGUGAUCGGCUGGUACAAGCUCUUUGGCACCACCUCACUGGUCAGUUGUCCCACUAAUAUAGGCUUAGGCUCUAGGCGCUCAUCCAUAGCCUCACUCGACUCACUCAAACUCUAGAUCUAAACUAAACUAAACUGAAUCUCGACUAAAAACCAGAUUAUUUCAAACUCAAAUCGUACAAGAAUACAAAAACAAAAGUAUAAUAGAAAUUUCGCAAAUCGCAAAUUUGAUAAACAAAAAAAAACACUUGCAUAUAUUUAUAUAAGUCAACACACAGAACAUAUAUUUAUAUAGUACUUAGCUCAACGUUUUGUUCAUAGCAAGUUACCGAGAACAAAAGUUAUUUAAAUUUGUAGCGUAAUCAGUCUUAAAACACCUGUAAAAAUAAAUCCCAAGCUCAAAAGAUCAGUUCAACGGUCCAGCCAACCAAUUUGAAAUUAAACCGAUACUAUACUGAACAUCAAAGCAUUUGUUGUUUUUAGUUAGCAAUAUACAAUAUACAUACGCACUCCUGUAAAUGAAAAGCUUAUUAAACUCACGGAAACUCACAAGAACACUACUCCCAUGAGGCAAAGUAGAAUGAACCAAUUCGCAUUGUGUACUGAAACUGAAACAUUGAAUGGAGAGUUAAUCGAAAGCAAACCAAUCAAAAAUACCAAACUGCAAUACCAAAUUAAUACGAAAAUAACCUUUCGCAAGUCACCAUAAAUCACCGUUACCGUUAAAGUUACCGUUACUUCAACGUAGUUUUCACAUAGACUCGUAUAAUACUCAUAUAGUAACCAUUCGCCAGUGCUGUCAGCCCGGCAGCCAAAUAGCAAAGGACCAAAGGACAUCCUGCAGCGGCGAAUCCCAGAGGAAGCCGCCCGAUCCUCAUUCGGCAGGUCGCUGGCCUAAGCUAAGUCCACAUCUGUUGUUUUUCUAUUCUACGGCGGCGGAAGACUUUGGAGGAAUACAAAAUAUAAAACAAAGAGAAAUAUCUAAUUUUUAUAAGUCAUGAAAACAAAUGCAUUUAAAAGAACCGAGAACCGAGAAACGAGAACACAAGAGCAGAGCAGUGCAGUAAAAUGUUUAAAGACGUAACUACGGAAUACAGCUAAAUGAUAAAUGUAAAGGCAGUCUAUAUAUACAUAUACACAUAUAUAACGGAUAACAUUUGACAAACGGAUACUUGUAAAUUAUGCAUAUUUAAAAUAAUUUUUAUUACACACCUAAGAUCACUAUUAUUUUCGUAAUACGAUUACUACGAUUAUUAUUACUUAAACUAUUACUGAUAAAAGCAUAAAAAACCAACAAAAAAAAAAACAAAGAACAAGGA